UUUUUUUAUUUUUAUUUCUUUCUUUUCCUUUUUCUUCUUCUUCUUCUUUCCUUUUAUAUGAUAAAAACUUCAAAGUAUUCUUCUACUAGUCAACAUUAUCAAUCACGAAAACAACAAAUGAAACGUCCUAGAGCACCUAUUGCAUGCUUCAGAUGUCACCAUAAAAAGGUACGUUGUGAUGGAGCUCAUCCUUAUUGUACACGAUGUCAAAGCACAGGAUCAUCCUGUUCUUAUCCUAGUUCACGACGUUCACGCAAUACUCAACCUCAUCAUGUCGAUCCUUAUAUAGAUCAUCUAUCACGAUUGGAGCAACAUAUUCGACAAAUAGAAGCGGAUAUGAAUGAUUACCGUGAAAUGCUUUUAUCCAGCUUGGCCACUUCCUCUUUUCAUUCAACCAAUGAAAGUGAUCAAGAAGAAAUGUUAAGAUCUCAUCUCAGUAAAACAGAACAAGAAGUACAAGAAUCAAGAACCAUUCUGGCACAGCUUCGUCUUCGUGGUGAACAAAGAAUAGCUAGGACAAAGAGAAAUCAAACAAAAGAAGCAAAACAACAACAACAACAGCAACAACAACCACAACGAUCAUCAAAUAGUAAAAAGCGAUUCUCUACAAGAACAACCAAAUUUGGUAAUUCAUCCUCAUCUUCAUCCUCAGUACCUACUUCAACAGAUUUAACUACAUUCUCGGCAACGAAAACGGCAUCCAAUUCUGGCAUGAUGACCAUGUACUCGGCAACCUCUCCAUUACAACAGAUGACUCCUUUCUUACCACUUGGUUCUUCUCAAGUUCAACCCACGUAUCCAAUACAACAACAACAACAGCAACAACAACAUUUGGUUUCUUAUUACCCUACGACAUCACAACAAGGACACAAUGAUCUGUAUUAUUUGACUGUGGCAGGAAAUAGUGGACCUUCUUAUUAUGAUCCAUUGAUGGAUUACCCUUGGACGACACCAACAGAUUUUGCAACUGGAUUACAACAAGAUGACGGUAAACGACAUGCUAUCAUGGACAAUAAAAAUGACAAUGAAACUGCUCACUAUUCACCAUCCACCGUGGCCGCUAUAGAGGAAGUCACUCGUCUCGCUCAACAUAUCCAACAAUAAUACAGCAUCCAACCCAUCCUCC